GGAGACGCGUUCUUAGGAAUGUCAUGAAACUAUUUAAAUAGCACUUUGUUGCCCGUGUUUUUUAGAAUGGUUAUAGCCUCUUAAACAAGACAGAAGAAACAUUCAGUGAGCUGAAAUUGAAUGAAAAGGGAAUUUUUCAGAAGUAACCAACAUUAAUUCUGGGGCUAAAACACAUUGGGUUUAUCAUUUGAAACAUAAGGAUUACACUACCAUUGCGUUUUGGAUUGUACUGGUUUUUUUUUAUCGCAGAUUUCUCACAACAGGGAGCGUACAGGUGCUGAAAUGAAGUUAACAGGAAUAUUUUUGCUACUGAUGCUUUGGCGCUCUGAGAGCGCAAGAGUUGCAGAGACUAGAGACGACAACAAUAUGAUGGACCUGUUCGAGCUAGUCCAAGUUCCUAAGAAAAACCAUGGGGUCUCCCUGGUGAAAGGCGACGACCCGUACAGCCCCGCCUACAAGAUCUUGAACCCCGACCUGAUCCCCCCGGUCCCCAAGACCUCCUUCAGGGACCUAAUCGACUCCAUUCACGCGGAGAGAGGAUUCCUUCUCUUGGUCAAUUUCAAACAGUUCAAGCGGACCAGGGGCAGCCUGUUGACCAUUGAGAAGCAAGACGGCUCCGGACCCAUUUUUGAAAUAGUUUCCAAUGGCAAGGCCAACACUCUGGACAUUGUUUAUUCUACGGAGAACAAGCAACAGGUUAUGUCCAUUGAAGAUGCGGACUUGGCAACGGGACACUGGAAAAACAUCACUCUCUUCGUCCAAGAGGACAGGGCUCAGUUGUAUGUGGGUUGUGAAGAGGUGAAUACAGUUGAGCUGGACGUUCCUAUCCAGAACAUCCUAAAUAAAGACACUCCUGGAUAUGCUAACCUGAGAAUCGGCAAAGGAGCGGUGAAAGACAGGUUCAUGGGUGUGCUCCAGAACGUGCGUUUUGUGUUUGGAACGACUCUGGAUGCGAUCUUAAGGAAUAAAGGCUGCCAAAGCACACUUCUGAGUGACCUGAUAACCCUGGACAAUCCUAUCAAUGGCUCCAGCCCAGCGAUCAGGACAGAUUACACUGGCCACAAAACAAAAGAUCUUCAGAUGAUUUGUGGCUUCACCUGUGAUGACCUGGCUGCCAUGUUCAAGGAGCUGAAGACGCUCGGGGUGGUGGUGAGAGAUCUGUCAGACCAGCUCAAUAAAGUGACGGACCAGAACCGACACCUCUUGGCCAGCAUCAACAUCAGCGCCGGCGUCUGCCUCCACAACGGUAUUGUCCACAAGAACAACGACGAGUGGACCGUGGACGACUGCACCGAGUGCACUUGUCGGAACUCUGCCACCGUGUGCCGCAAGAUCUCCUGCCCUCUCAUUCCCUGUGCCAAUGCCACCGUGCCCGAUGGGGAGUGCUGCCCUCGCUGUGGUACCCCGAGGGACUUUGCUGACGACGGCUGGUCCCUGUGGUCUGAAUGGACCCAUUGUUCCGUGUCCUGCGGACGGGGCGUGCAGCAGCGCGGGCGCUCCUGCGACCGCAUCAAUAACAACUGCGACGGCACGUCAGUGCAGACGCGCGACUGCUACCUCCAGGAGUGUGACAAGCGCUUCAAACAAGAUGGUGGCUGGAGCCACUGGUCUCCCUGGUCCUCCUGCUCUGUCACCUGCGACAACGGGGUCAUCACCCGCAUCCGCCUCUGCAACUCCCCCACGCCUCAGAUGGGGGGCAAAGAGUGUGAGGGAGAGGGCAGGCAGACGGAGAAGUGCCAGAAAUCACCCUGCCCAAUCAAUGGAGGCUGGGGACCGUGGGCGCCCUGGGACACCUGCUCGGCGACCUGCAAUAGAGGUUUGCAGAGCCGCAAGCGUCUCUGCAACGACCCCGCGCCCAAGUUCGGGGGCAAAGACUGCGUUGGUGACGGCAAGGCCAGUCAGGCAUGCAACAAGCAGGCCUGCCCUGUUGAUGGCUGCCUAUCCAACCCCUGCUUUGCCGGCGCCCAGUGCACCAGCUUCCCAGACGGCUCCUGGAAGUGCGGCAAGUGCCCGAAAGGCUACACUGGCAACGGCAUCAAGUGCAAAGACAUCAAUGAGUGCAAGGAGGUUCCUGACGCUUGCUUUGAGUUCAACGGCGUCCACAGGUGUGAGAACACCCAGCCCGGCUACAACUGUCUGCCCUGCCCCCCGCGCUACUCCGGGCCUCAGCCCUUCGGUAAGGGUGUGGAGGAGGCUGCUGCCAAAAAGCAGGUUUGCACACCUCGUAACCCCUGUGUGGACGGCACCCAUGACUGCAACAAGCACGCCCGCUGCAACUACCUGGGCCACUUCGCCGACCCCAUGUUCCGCUGCGAGUGCAAGCCUGGCUUCGCCGGCAAUGGCCACAUCUGUGGAGAGGACACUGACCUGGACGGCUGGCCCAACGCUGACCUGGUCUGUGUGGAGAAUGCCACAUACCACUGCAAGAAGGACAACUGCCCUAACCUCCCCAACUCAGGACAGGAAGACUACGAUAAGGACGGCGUUGGUGAUGCUUGUGAUGAUGAUGACGAUGAUGAUGGCAUUCCCGACGACAGGGAUAACUGCCCUUUCAUCUUCAACCCAAGGCAGUACGACUAUGACCGUGACGAUGUUGGAGAUCGUUGUGACAACUGCCCGUACAACAGCAACCCCGAUCAAGCUGACACGGACAACAACGGCGAGGGUGACGCUUGUGCCGUGGACAUAGACGGAGACGGCAUUCUGAAUGAGAAGGACAACUGCCCCUACGUCUACAACGUGGACCAGCGUGACUCAGACCUGGACGGAGUUGGAGACCAGUGCGACAACUGUCCUUUGGAGCAUAAUCCUGACCAGCUCGACACGGAUUCUGACCGCGUGGGAGACAAGUGCGACAGCAACCAGGACAUUGACGAGGAUGGGCACCAGAAUAACCUGGACAACUGCCCUUACAUUCCGAACGCCAAUCAGGCUGACCACGACAAAGACGGAAAAGGUGAUGUCUGUGACCAUGAUGAUGACAACGACGGUAUCCCUGACGACAAAGAUAACUGCAGGCUGGCAUUCAACCCGGAUCAACUAGACUCCGAUGGUGAUGGUCGUGGAGACGCUUGCAAAGACGACUUUGACCAGGAUAACGUGCCCGACAUCUAUGACGUUUGCCCAGAGAACUUCGAUAUCAGUGAGACCGACUUCCGGAAGUUCCAGAUGGUGCCUCUGGACCCCAAGGGCACCUCCCAGAUCGAUCCCAACUGGGUGGUUCGCCACCAGGGCAAAGAGCUGGUGCAGACAGUUAACUGUGAUCCUGGCAUCGCUGUUGGCUUCGACGAGUUCAACGCGGUUGACUUCAGCGGCACGUUCUUCAUUAACACGGAGCGUGACGACGACUACGCCGGCUUCGUGUUCGGCUACCAGUCCAGCUCGCGCUUCUACGUGGUCAUGUGGAAGCAGAUCACGCAGACCUACUGGAACAACAAGCCCACCAAGGCCCAGGGCUACUCUGGGCUGUCCAUCAAGGUGGUCAACUCGACCACAGGCCCUGGCGAGCACCUCAGGAAUGCACUUUGGCACACUGGAGACACACCAGGACAGGUGCGCACCCUCUGGCAUGACCCGAAGAAUGUCGGCUGGAAGGACUUCACUGCCUAUAGAUGGCAUCUGACACACAGGCCCCGCACUGGGCACAUCAGGGUUGUAAUGUAUGAAGGCAAAAAGAUCAUGGCAGAUUCGGGAAGAAUCUACGAUAGGACUUACGCCGGUGGAAGACUAGGCCUCUUCGUUUUCUCACAAGAGAUGGUGUAUUUCUCAGACCUCAAAUACGAAUGCAGAGACUUGUAACUUCCUGCUCGGGCAGGAAGCUCGUUGAGGAAUGCACCUUUCUGUACAAACAUGAACAUGUAUUCCAAGCAAAGUCCAGGGACAGGAUUUUUUAAUUUUUUUUAUUUUAAUUAAAAUUUUUCGCUACUCUUUAUUCUGCGGCACGCACACUGGUGGAGCGAACCCGGCGAGUGUGGCCAGCUUCGGCAGAGAGAAACUGAGGCGGGGUGUGGGACCGAGGCUGGACUGGCUGGCUGGCUGAAUGCCAGCUAAAAACCAGGACCCCUCCACCGAGAGCAGGUAGAGCAGGAACGAAACAAAAAAAGGCCCCUCCCAUCCCAUCCCUCCCCACCCCUCCAUGCUUUGCUUGGUCGGGAGACCCAUCUCUCUCAGAAAGACCUCGUUCAGCUCUGUGUGGGAAGAGAUCCCUGCAGACAACUAUGCACUUCAAAAAACUUUCCAUCUCUCUCUUUCUCUCUCUCUCUCUCUCUCUCAUCUUGCUCUUUGUGGAUGUAUGGGUGAAUGGAUGAAUGGAUGGAUAUAUGGAUGGAUGCAUGGAUGGAUGGAUGUUACAAGAUAUAGUGUGACCAAACUGCCUGUAGGUCUUUGUUUUCUUGGUUGUUUUUUUUAAGAUUUCUGUAAGAUUUUAUUUUAAGGACAAAUUUCCUCAAAGGAUGGAAGAGAAGGCAGGUUGGGCCUUUGAAUGAACCGUUGGACAGUUGAGAUGGACUGAAAGCAUGUAGAUGGAGCUUAGAGUGUGUGUGCUUAUGAGUGUCAGAGAACUCCAAAGUCAGUGUAAAAAGGACAGUAUGCUCAUAUCAAAGUUAUUAUGAUGAAACACUUUACUAAGUCCAGCUUUUUCAUGCAGGAUUUGCUCCAACAAAGAAAACAGCAAAUUUGAAAUGAAAAAAUGAAAACGUAUUUUGUUAAGUGGCCUCUGUAUUGAGGUUUGAAGGUAAUGCUCUUAUUCCAUGGCUGGCAGUGAGACCGGUGGGCAUAGAAUACUCAGGGCAAGAUGGUCAGCCACCAUCUUAGUUUUCUCCAAACUAUCCAUCCUAUGACAACAUGGCAGGUCAAAGAGAAGAGGGCAUGGACAGAGAACCUCGAGACAGCACCAGAUGGCCAUUAGCAAUGCUAUGUUAAGCUAUGCUAUGCUAAGCAAUGCUAUGUUAAGCAAUGCUAUGCUAAGCAAUGCUAUGCUAAGCAAUGCUAUGCUAUGUUAAGCAAUGAUAUACUAAGCAAUGCUAUGCUCAUGUAAAAUAGGAUCUAUCUCCAAACUGAGGGUGUUUAGAAUGCAAACCAUGAAAACCAUUUGAAUCUGAGAAGGUGAGUCAGCCCAACAGCCCAUUAAAAGAAGGUGAGUCUGCACCUAACAGUUCAUUAAGGAGCUUGCUAGGUAGACCUAAAGUGCAGAGGGAUUCAGCUUUCAGAGUCAGUGAACAAUCCCUCAAUGUUGUUGAGAGUUGUUGAAUUUUGUUAUUUAAUUAUUGUACAUUUUCCCCCUGCUCAUUUGAAUCUUAUCUAGGAGAGAUCUAUCGACAGUUUAGGUUAAAACAAACAGUUUAGGUUAUAACCAACAGAACAAGGCUCUGUCCAUUUCCUUCCUCUCUCGGAGCAACAGCUUUCACGACUCUCCAGAAAGUGCCUUCCUCACUGGGGGUGACCUGUGUGCCUUUUCUAUAGAAAGAGAUAAAGGAAAAAAAUUACUUUUGAUGUACAAAUAUUACCUCAUAGCUGUUGUACAAUUUGAUCAGACGAAAACCCUAAGUACUUUUCUUUUUUCCUCAAAGACACACAAAUCACACAAAAACUGUUCUAUUGCUACUGUAAAUAGUAUGACUUUAUUUUCUUCAGAACGAAAUACUCCUUCUCUGUACCGCCGCCUCCCCCUGCACCGUAACUAAGAGUUUUUUUAAUCGAUUCUUUUGCCAGUACUUCCAGUGUCUAGUACUUUUAUAAGAGUAAGUUAUUGUUCUGUUGGUCUUUUUUUCUGUUUUAAGACAUUGUGACAUAUGUGUGUGUAUCUGUGUGUGCGAUAAGUAUGUAUGCGCCUGUGUGUGUGUGUGUGUGCGUGUGCGUGUGUGUAGAUAAAUGCUAUUUAAAUAAUUUAUCGGGGAAUGCCGCCUCUGGAGGCCUCUCCGUCUGUAUAAACGGUUUGCACACUGACGUGAGGAUGUUCUGUUCUUUAUUGUUUUUUUUUUGUUUUCUUGUUGUUCUUUUGUGUACAAUUAGUGUUGCUUGUCUGUAAACAUUUUUACUUAGUUGUAUAAUGCGAAAUGUUAUUUUUACCCAUAGCAGUUAUUUUGGUACAUACUUCUGAACAAUAAACAGAUGUAAAGCCUCA